UGGCAGCUGCAGCACAGCCCCAUCAAAGCGAAGUGCUUCUUGUUUGGCCCUCCCGGCUCCUGUAGUUGUGUUGGCAGCCCGUUUGUUUUGGCUGUGUCGGUUAUCGGCAUUUGGUGUCAGGUCGAAAACCUGCCUUAAGCUUUGGCAUCAUGUCUGACAAAAGUGAGCUGAAAGCAGAGCUUGAAAGGAAGAAGCAACGUCUGGCACAAAUCAGAGAGGAAAAGAAAAGGAAGGAGGAGGAGCGAAAGAAGCAAGCGGCGGACCAAUUGAAAGAAGCUGCACAACACCAGGAUGACUCUGACCUGGAGAAAAAAAGACGUGAGGCGGAGGCUCUUCUACAGAGUAUGGGCAUAACUGGAGAAACUCCUGCUGUUGUCCCUCCUCCUGUCUCUCCAACUCCCAAAUCGGCGGGCACACCGAGUGAGGCAGGGAGCCAAGACUCUGAUGGAGCCGUGGGACCCAGGACUCUGCACUGGGACUCUGACCCGUCCACUCUUCAACUUCACUCUGAUUCUGAGCUGGGGUACUGGACACUCUCUUCUCUCCUUUCCUGGCGUGGAACUCCAAAACUGGGAAUGGCCAAAGUCACACAGGUGGACUUCCCUCCACGUGAGACUGUGUCCUACACAAAAGAGACCCAGACACCUGUCAUGACUCAGCAAAAAGAAGCAGAGGAAGAAGAAGAGGAAGAAAUUGCUCCACCUCAACCAGUCGUGGAGACUCAGACUGAGAAACCAGACCAGAAAGAGGAGGAAGAAGCACCCCCCCACGAGCUAACAGAGGAGGAAAAACUCCAGAUCCUGCACUCCGAAGAGUUUGUGAAUUUCUUCGACCACAGCACUCGCAUUAUUGAGCGCGCUCUAUCAGAGCAUGUGGACCUCUUCUUUGACUACAGCGGUCGUGACCUGGAGGAGAAGGAGGGUGAAAUCCAGGCCGGAGCAAAGCUUUUCCUCAACAGGCAGUUCAUGGAUGAGCGCUGGUCCAAGCAUCGUGUUGUCACCUGUCUGGACUGGUCCCUCCAGUAUCCUGAACUCCUGGUUGCCUCAUACAACAACAACGAGGACGCUCCACACGAGCCAGACGGCGUGGCUUUAGUGUGGAACAUGAAGUACAAGAAGGCCACACCGGAGUACGUCUUCCACUGUCAGUCUGCUGUUAUGUCAGCUGCGUUUGCCAAGUUCCACCCCAACGUUGUGGUGGGGGGCACAUACUCAGGGCAGAUUGUUCUGUGGGACAACAGGAGCAACAAGAGGACCCCGGUGCAGAGGACUCCUCUGUCAGCAGCAGCACACACGCACCCAGUUUACUGUGUGAAUGUGGUCGGCACCCAGAACGCCCACAACCUGAUCAGCAUCUCUACUGACGGCAAGAUCUGCUCCUGGAGUCUGGACAUGCUCUCUCAGCCACAGGACAGCAUGGAGCUGGUGUUCAAGCAGUCCAAAGCCGUAGCUGUCACCUCCAUGUCUUUCCCUCUCGGAGAUGUCAACAAUUUCGUGGUGGGCAGCGAGGACGGCUCCGUCUACAUGUCGUGUCGUCAUGGAAGCAAAGCAGGCAUCAGUGAGAUGUUCGAGGGCCACCACGGGCCCAUCACAGGGAUCCACUGCCACACAGCUGCGGGGCCUCUGGACUUCUCUCACCUGUUUGUUACCUCUUCUUUCGACUGGACUGUCAAACUGUGGAGCACCAAGAACAACAAGCCGCUCUACUCUUUUGAAGAUAACUCUGAUUAUGUGUAUGACGUCAUGUGGUCUCCCACUCACCCCGCUCUGUUUGCUUGUGUGGACGGAGUCGGUCAUCUCGACCUGUGGAACCUGAACAACGACACGGAGGUUCCUACCGCCAGCGUCACAGUGGACGGUAACCCGGCUCUCAACAGGGUCAGAUGGGCUCAUUCUGGCAGAGAAAUCGCUGUGGGAGACUCUGAUGGACGGGUGCUUGUUUAUGAUGUUGGCGAGCAAACUUCCGUUCCACGGAACGACGAGUGGACCCGCUUCGUUCGCACGCUGGCAGAGAUCAACGAGAACAGAGAUGAUGCGGAGGAGCUGGCGGCUCAGCGCCUGGCUGCCUGAUCGACUCGCCUUCAGGGAAGCGAUGUUUAAGGGACCAGUGGUGCGUUUGUUUAUAUCAGCCCCGUUUUUUUUGACGGAGGGAAAAGAUGUGAUGACAACAUGACCAGAGGGAGAAGAUGAUCAGAAAGAAAUACGGGCAUCUUUUGAUUUCUUACACCUGCUUAUUUUGGACAACUCAGUUAGCUGGACCGUCACCAGUCUUCCUCGGAUUAACACAAGGGACAGGGCUUUCGACCUCAGACACUAACAUGAAGCCAUAUUCACAAAACACAAGCCAGUCUUCCUUUCUCCAACCAGAUGCCUUAAACUUUAAGUUCACUCUUUGAUUGUAAACCCUGUCUUCAUUUAGGGCAUGCUAACAUAAGCCUUAAUUCUUUUUUUUAAUCCCAAUAGGUAAAACACUCAUAGUUGAGCUCCAUCUCCACCAAAGCUGUAGUAAAACAAUCACAUCUAUAAACACCCAGGAAUGUAAACUUAUAACUGUAGAACCAUGUUGUCAUCUCUGUUCCUUUUAGACUUGAUAACCGAAAUAUUCUCUUGUUUGUAAAAUACUGAAAUCCAGAUGUCUUUCUACUUUCUAUAUUGUUCUAUUCUGCACCGGUUUUCACUUAAUCAGUGCGGCUGGUUAGACUGGAGAUAGUGGGAUAUCCUCAAUGCCUAAGAAGAUGAUCAUGUAUGCUGUAGCUGCUCAGUGACGUACACUGACGGGAUCUGAACAGAGAUCGUUUGUUUCCUGAAGAAUCUCAAAUCUGAGAAUGUACUUUUCACACUAGAGACGAAACAGUUUGAAUGAUUUAUUUCAAUAAAAUACAAUAAAUACAUUUAAAUUA